GGCGGGGCCGAGAGCUGGCGGCAGCCGAGCGGGGCGGCGGCGAUGAGGACGCGGGCGGCGCCGAGCUGAAGAUGGAAAGAGCCCGGCGGAGGGGCGGCGGCGGCGGCCGCGGGCGCGGCGGCAAGACGGCGGGGGGCCCGGGCCCGGGCCGGAGUAGACUCUACCCGCCCGCGCAGCCCCCGCGCUACCCGCACUACGCGGCCGCGGCGCCCCCCGGGCCGCCGGCGGCGGCGGCGGCGGCGGGCGCCGCGGACAUCCAGGAGCUGGCCUCGAAGCGCGUGGACAUCCAGAGGAAACGCUUCUACCUGGACGUGAAGCAGAGCCCGCGCGGCCGCUUCCUGAAGGUGGCCGAGGUGUGGGUGGGCCGCGGGCGCCAGGACAGCCUGCGCAAGAGCAAACUCACGCUCUCGCUGCGCGCCGCCGCCGAGCUGCGCGGCUGCCUGGGCGCCUUCAUCGAGCACUACGCGCGCCUGGGCCUGCGCGCGCCCGGCCGCGACGCGCGCCUCCGCGCCGCCGCGCCCGCGCCUGCCUCGCCACCCGGCUCGCCGGGCUCGGACGGGCCCCCGCGCGGCGUGCUCAAGACCGACUGCAUCGAGCGCGACCACCGCCGCUAUUUCUUGGACCUCAAGGAGAACCAGCGCGGCCGCUUCCUGCGCAUCCGCCAGGCGGCGGCGCGCGGCGCGGGCCCGCCGGGGCCCCCGGGCGCCGAGCCCACCGUGGUGCUGCCCGCGCAGGGCAUGAUCGAGUUCCGCGACGCGCUGGCGCAGCUGCUCGAGGACUAUGGCGAGGCGGACGCCGAGGAGCCGGGCGCGCGCCGCGAGCCGCCGCUGCCCGAGGGCGCCGCGCUGCGCGUGGACAACAAGCGCUUCUACUUCGACGUGGGCGCCAACAAGUACGGCGUCUUCCUGAAGGUAAGUGAGGUGAGGCCGCCCUACCGCAACACCAUCACCGUGCCCUUCCGCGCCUGGACGCGCUUCGGCGAGAACUUCAUCCGCUACGAGGAGGAGAUGCGCCGGCUCUGCGGCGCGCGCCGGGACCCGGGCGGCGACGGCGGGGGCGCGGGCGCCGACGAGCAGGGCUGUCCCGGCUAGCGCGGCAGGCGGGUGCUGGCCCGGGGUCGUCCGGAGGGCUUCCUCCUUGCCGGAGUGCGGGCCCGGGUCAUCUGGAGAAGAUCUUCUGUUGGCCGGAGCACUGACCCCUGGUCGUCGGGAGAAGGUCUUCCUCUUGGCCAAGAGCACUGACCCCUGGUCAUCUGGAGAAGGUCAUCCUCUUGGCCAGGAGUACUGACCCCUGGUCGUCUGGAAAAGGUCAUCCUGUUGGCCGGAGUACUGGCCCCUAGUCGUCUGGAGAAGAUCUUCCUCUUGGCCCGGAGUACUGACCCAUCAGCAUCUGAAGAAGUUCUUUCUCUUGGCCAAGAGUACCGACCCCUGGUCAUCGGGAAAAGGACUUCCUGUUAGCCAGGAGUACUGAUCCCUAGUCAUCCGAAGAAGUUUUUCCUUUUUUUUUUUUAUAUCUAUAUUUUCCAGUGAGACCCCGGCUUAGCCCUGGCCCCCUGAAGCCCGGCUCUCACGCCACCCGUUGGACGCUGAAUCUGACAGGGACCAACAGCCUCCCGAGCUAGUUGAGCCGCCCCAGCCGCUCCGGACCAGCGUUUGAGACCAGCCCGGAGACGUCCUGACGCCCCACACCACCGCGUGAAGUCUUCAUUGCACUAGGCCGUGACCCUGAGAGAGAAAGAAACAGACCUGCCGUGGGCAUGUGGGUCUCUCUCUCACGAGCUUCCCCCGAAAACUUCCCCUUACUCCACUGAAGCUGCUAAACUCACCCGAGGGCAGUGGCCGCAGAAGCAGAAGCUGACUUUGAACACGGAGCGCGCUUGGUGAUGGAAACGCGUCAGAGAUAUGUCGAUUGUCCGUUGAAUCACUGAGUAUUAACCAGUACUAUGGAAAGGCCGGUCCUAGCGUUACCAGAGUCAGAGCUGGCAGAUGCGGUGGGAACCCACAGUUGGUAGUCGCCAUAGCAAAGCCAUGGGAGAGUUUGACUCGAUCAUCCCAGACUAGUCCCCAACCCGCCUUCACUCCUGUUUCUUGGACCAUGUGUGUUCAUUGGCUUCCCAAAGUUCCGUCUGUACUUCUCACGUCCCUGUCGAGUGGGAGGCGCUACCCUAUGGCUUUGCUAUGGAAAUCUUUGUGUCAGUUUUUCAUGCUAAUUUGAAAGUUGUGAGAGAUUUUUAUUUCCCAAAAAAUAUAUCAUGGACUCGAGGUAUUAUAUGCUUCUUCCUUAGCACUAUUUCAGAGGGGUUAGUGCACCAGUUAACUGAUACAAAAAUGCAUCUGUAGUAAUAUAUUUCAGUAGCACUUUUGCAGUUGCUACCCAUAGAGUCACGUCAACACUUCAGUUCAAGCCUGGCUUUUACAAGUGUUUUAAUGGGGUGUGUGGGGGGGGAGGAACUAGCAGGGGAUCAAAACUUUUUUUUUCUAAAAAAAAAAAGCAUUUGGAAUAUAAAUUUUCAGCCCGGGGAAAAUAUUAUUUGAAGAUUGGUUAUGAAAAUAUCUGCAAGAAAAAUUCAGGUAUUUUCCAAGGUGCUGUCUUUAUGGUACUUAAAAUGGUUUACUUUGCACAAGACUCACCCAUUUACCUAUAUUUAAAAAAAAUUAUUUUUUUUUUCAGGAAGAGCCACAGAAAUUCUUCAAACUUAAGCAAAUUUUUAGACAAGUGGGUACUGUGUAUAUGUGUACCAACCCACCCUAUGUUCAUGGACAAAUAUUUUAUCAGUUGAGCUACAUUUUAUUCUGAAGGAAAUUAUUGUCUUUUAUCUUGGCUUUAUUUGUCUCCCACACAAUACAUCCAUAUUAAUCAUGUUUAAGAGCCAGAAGCUAAUUUCAGCCCCCAAAUAUAGCUCUCAUUGAUUAGAGCUGGCUGCGUGGAUUGAGAUCAGAAUGUAGCUCGUAAUUCAAAAUUAUUUUCAUAGUCUUCUUUUACUUCAGAGCUUUGUUCCCAAAUACAUUUAAGGAAGAUCACUGAGAAAACUUUGUGAUGUGGGUUAAGAAAAUUAAUUUCACUUAUAGUAUUGCUUAAAAACAGGUGAGCAAUCACCCAGCAUGUCAGCUGGUAUUGGUUUAGUUUCUAUUCACGUUUCCUCAAGUGAUUUGAAGGAAUCUCUUUAGUUCAUUUUAACAUGGACCAUCACUAUGGAACAACUGAAAGUUGGAAGAUAAAGUUAGUCCUAGAGUUAAUAGCACAUGGUGGAUGUUGAGACUCUAAAAGUAGCAAAGGAUCUUUUAACUGUCCUAACUGUAAAAUAGCUGAGUAGGCUUGAUAAAAAGUAGUUUUUUGCGAUAUGAAGGAGUGGUGUGCACUUGAAUUACUGUACUACUGAUUGUUAUUGCUGCCCAUCAUAGUGCCUAUUGAUAAUAAUCGACCUGUCAGAAUUUGGCAAACUGGAGCUGUGAAUAUUCCAGUAUUUGAGUGUUCCUAUCACUAUUGCAGUGACUAUAUACUCUGUUUCGUAAGACCUUCCCUUUUAAAAUAAUAUCCAUGAAGCCUAAAUUAUUUUUUCAUUCUUAGUCUGAUAACAUUUGAGUAUGUGUUUCUAUAUAUAUCCAUAUGUGUAUAUAUGUGUUAUAUAUAUACACACAUACAUACUAUGUCAGACUUAGACAAAUAUCCUUAAUUUAUUAUAUAUAAAUUUUAGUAGCUUAAUUUUGCAUUACUUAAGUAGCCAACUUUUCUACCUUGUAUGUAUACUUCUAAGUAUUUACCAUUUCAAAACUACAGAUUAAAUAGAUCGAUAAGUAUAUUCUGACGGUUGACGAUACUUUAGAAUCAUUAAGCCUUCUGCCAGUCCUUUAUUCUAUUUUUUCAGUCAAUGUAGUCAUUGAAAAAUGCAAUGAUUCGAUGGUUGUUUUUUGAUGCUUAAAAUUCCCAGUCAUUCAUUAGCCAUAUAACGAAGUGAGAUCCUGUUCAAAACUCUGGCAUUAGGACAUGUGCUGCCAUGUAUCUUCUAAAAUAAGCUACUAUUCUUAGCUGUGCAAUAUACAUUUUAUUUAUUGUCAUUUGUAAUAUAAAUGGAGUUACCAGUGUACGUGGUAUUCUUCAAAAUGAUAGGAUCCCUGCCUUGAAGACAUUCAAGUAUUCAGGCAACUGGAUGUUAGAAGUUUAAAAUGAACAUUCACGUAGUAACCAAAAUUGCUAGUUCACUGUAUAAUUCUAAAACACUGAUGAUGUUUGCACAUAAUAAUCCGAGCAUAAUGUGGUACAGACUCAAAACUAUAGUAGUAUAAGCUAAUAGUAUGAAAUUUGGAAACGGGUUCCUCAUAAUAGUUGGCAGUCUGCUCCUAGCAGUUGAAAGCAGCACUUAUCUGUUGCUUAUAUGCAAACGAUGCAAUGUAUUAUAAAAGUAUUAAAAUUCUGCCACAUUUUAUAAUUUUCCUUGUUAAAGCCCCAAACUGCCAUGUCCCUUAAACUUGAGUCAAACACAAGCUUAUUUGCACUAAAGAGCAUGGCCAAAAAAUAAAUGACAGGGUGGAAAAGCUAGUUGGAACCUCUUGAAACAAUUGGUUCUAAUGGGAGAAUUUCACAUUUGUCUAUUUGAAAGCUAUAUGGUCCAGGCAGACAAUCUGUCAGUUCACUAAUUUAAUAAUGCACUUUACCUUUUGUAUAUAGAAGAUGUACAUUUAUGCCACUUGACAGGUGGGAUGUGUUUCAGUAACUAUGUAGACUGUAGGAUGAUCUCUUGCAUGCAUAUGUUCAUAUUGGAACUGCUGUAGUAACAAGUUUCCAUGAAAUCAGUGUAAUGGAGAAGGGUAGGCAAUGCUUUGGAAACAAAUCCCAAUACAUUUAACAAAGAAUUUUAAAGUAGAGUUCAUAUUUGUAUUCUUAAGGACUAGGAUCAUUUUUUAAAAAAGAACUUUUUCUAGCCCAGAUUAGUGUAACAGUUGAAACUAUAUCUAGUUGAAACUCCCCAUAGUACCCUGAAAGUUAAUUUUGGGAAUUUGUGCUGACAAUUUUUUUUAAUGAUUCUACUUCAUUGUUAAUAUGUGUUUCCUAAUGAAAAGACAAUACAUGAUACUGUAUUAGAAUUAAAAGUAUGGUUGGCUGAUGUGGAGUCCUUAAGAAAAAGUUUGCCUGAAGAAAUAAGUUUCAAAUUUAGAAUAUGUCAGGAGCCUAAGAACAAGCCUAAAUCUGAUACUAUUUCAAACUUUGCAAAAGAGCUAACUUUCACCAACCAAAAAGGGUAUUGGGGGAUUUAGUAUAUCCCUCCAUCCUGAAAUUUCCUAAGAUGUACAUUUGAAAACUAGAUAAUCGUUGCUUAAUAAUAGGUUGUAUGUAAUUUACUAAGAAACACUGUGUACUAACAAUUCAUCAAGAGUAUGCUAUAUUUACUGCAUUCAUUUUAUAUCUGUGGAUAAGAGUACAUUAUAUAUAGUCAUCCUAUCUUAAUAUAAUCAUGUAUUGGUAUUGUAAUUUUGCAGAUAUUUUCAGUAAAAUAAACGUUGACCUAAGCUGCACAAUUUGAAGAGGAUAAAAUUGGAAUACACCCUCAAACACUUAAUUUUUAAUAAGCAGCUACCAUUGAAAGCUGUGUGUAUAUUAUAAUUCCUUUAGAUCUUAUGGUUUAUUUUAAUAUUUACUUGAAUAGGACUUAAUUUGAAAUUCAAGUAGUUUUCUGAAAAUAAUUUUUCAUAAGUGUGAGUUGUCUUCUUAUUUCCAAAUGUCUUCCAUUGAAACUAUUUAUAAAAUCCUAUUCAUUCAAAGUUUUAUGUAAGGGCUUUGCUUAGUCACCAUGUAGUUUGAAGUCUUUCUUUACCAGAACACCAAACAUCUUUGGCAGGAUCAAAUCUAAAGCAUACCACACAGUGAUGUUAAAGUAGAUUCUGUACUAACAGAAUAAUAUGGGUGUGAUCAUUGUCACUGCCAAUUAAUAUACUUAAAAUCUUUCUGACGUUUCCUAAAAGCUUUCUUUUAUUUCAUAAAGUUAUGGUGACUAAUAGCUAGUCUAUCAGAGAAAAAGAAUAAGGACAUUAGCAUGCUGUUGAGACAAUCCAUGGUCCACAAUGCUGUAGCAGUGAGGUACAGAGAAAAUGAAUUUUUCCCAAUCUAAUGUUCAGUUUUUAGAUACAUCUUUGUGUCACAAAUAAACCCAAAUUUAUGUAUGUGGAUCCUAGAAAACCAAUAUAUGUUAGUAUACUCUUUGUACUCAUUCUUGUAUAAUGCAAAAAAUAGUCUUUUUUUCUUAAUUCGAUAUGAAAUUUUAAUAAUUUAAAUUUAUUUUAGUAGUGACUUUUAAUAAAUAUUUUUGAACAGGGAAAUAUAUAUAUCGUACAAAAUUCAAAUGUCACAGAUGAGCAACAGUGGAAAGUAGCAACCAGUCUUACCAAUUUUUGUGUAUGAUUUAGAAUUACUCUGCAUAUAUAAACUUAUGUAUAUAUACAUAUGCUCUUUUUAAACAUACAUAUGAAACAUGUACACUGUCCUCUUUCUCUUAAUAUUUAUUUUAGAUUUUUUUUGGCAUAAACUCUACCAAUGAAUUACUUCCCUGGCCUAGAUUUGUCAUUUUAAAUUAAGUUUUCAUUUACAUUUUACUUUGCCUUAUACUAUACUUGACCAUGUUAAUUUGAAGUAUCUUAUUACAUGAAGACAACAUUAAGAAAACUUUGAAUGAACCCCAUUGGUAUUUUCUUUAAAAUAAGAUACUUAAAUUUCUCCUUUUCAUUGAUUUACCAUUAGUUUGCAAUAUCAUAGAAUUUUAGGGGUGUAGCUUAACACCUUUAUAAGUGUAUAGGAUUCACCGUAUCCACCACCAAAGUUCCAGUGCCAUCCCCCCACCAAAAAAUUAAUUUAAAAUGUAUAAAGAUUGACUUUCCCUUAACUAUUUAACCGCCAUGCCUUGCUAACUACCCUUUCCUUCAAAACAAGUAUUGGUCUUUUUCCUGAAGUAUUACAGUUCAGGAGAGUCAGGAUAUUAUUUAACUUAAGUUUUAUUGUAGAUUUACUAUGUUCUCUAAUGAAAGAACUUGCUUAAAAGCUUUAACAAAAUAACACUUUCAAUUAAUUUUUGCAAUUCUGUUCAUAUUGGUUUUAUCCAAAGACCUUGCCUUUAUGAAUACAAGUGAAUACUAGAACUAUAAAAAAAUUGUAUGACUUGAAAUCAUUUGACUUGAUUUAUGGACAUGAGCUUUUAUAUUUCUGAGGGUUAUAGUGAAUACUUCAUUUGGCAAUUUAAACAACUCAGAAAUGAAAAAAGGGGAAUAACACUAGUAAGGGAACCAGAAUGUCAGAUUCCUGAGAUCACAUAGUACUAAAGUGAUUUGGGGAAAGAAUGGAAGUUUGAAGCUAUGAGAGUACAAGUACAAUUAAUCACCUCUAUUCUCUCUUGGAGGAAUAUAAGAUAGCAAGUGCCAUAAUUGUUAAAUGAAGUUAUCUCAAUAACUAUUCCUGCAAGUGUAAAGAAAGCUGUUUUAAUUGCUUCUCAAUUCAUUCCUCAAAAAAAAAAUCAUAGUUCUCUCUAUUCAUAUCAGGGCUGUAUUUAUUAAGGUCACUUUUCUAACGGCCACCAUGAAAAACUUGAAAAAUUAAAGAUCCUUUUCCCAUUUGAAUCCCAAAGGAUACUAUGUAAUAACAAAUUUAAGCAACUAUAGACUACAGUUUUUAAAAAUACAAAACCUUCCUGGACAGGCCACCAGAAAAACAAAAAUCAAAAAACAUAUAUCUAAAGAAUAUGUGGGUUGAGGAAGAAUUUUUAAGUCUUGUUUCUGAAUUUAAUGAAAGUGUGAAAAUGUUUUUAAAAUUGAACAUUGGUUUAAACUGGAGAAUAAUAUUUCCAUAACUGGUGGCAUGAUUUUAUUUGUAAAAUGAGAGAGGUGUUAAUAGAAGAUAAGGAUCCUUGUAAACAUACUUUCAAAGUGUAAAAGUUUGCUCUUUUAAUGAUGAAUAAAUUAUUAUCCUGUAAUGUAUCUUUAACAUUGUUAAAGAUAUCUAAGUAUUUGUUUUUACUUAAAAUGCUUUCUGUGUAUCACUCCUUAUUAAAAGGGAUCAACAGAAGGUAAAUUCAUCUUCAGGAAUGAGUUUUGUUCUAAUUUAGGCUAAAAAUAUUGUGAUAGUUUCUCUUUGUUAAGGAGUUUCCCAUGUUAGUGCUUUCUAAUAAUGUGUGUUUUCUAAACUUUAUUUUCUUUUAAAUAUCCCUUGUGGAAAAAAAUGCUAUUCUUAUGUGGCCAGUGGCAUCCACAGUAAAUAAAAAGUAUCAUAAUGAAUUAAUGCUGCUACCACGAAGUUAGUUUGUGGGAUGAAUAUGAAGGAAAGAAUUCAUAUAAAUGGGGUACAAUUUCUGCUUUAAUGUAACUGCAUUCUAUGUUUGAAUAGGAGUUUUCAUUUUCCCUCAUGUUUAAUUUCGCUGAAUAUUAUUCUACUCAUUGUUUGUUGUGUCCAGGAAAUAGUAGGGGUAGAGACAAAGAAUGUGAUCCCUAAGAAAAGUGCUCAGUGUACUUUAAAGUCAUAAUUGCCCCGAAUAUAAGGUUAAGAAGGAAAAGCUUUGUUGGUUUUAUCUUUUUCAAAUUAAAUCAGAUUAUCUUACUUGAUCUGAUUAAAAUCAAAAUAUCUUUUAUCUGAGACUCACUCCAAAUACUUGAUAUUUUAUUUUCCUUGAAGAAAAUGGUUCUGUAAAAGAAUACUCUUCUUCAGGAUUCUGUGUUGUAAUUGUAACCCCAAAGUUACAAAUGUGAAAGAAGAAAUAGGGAAGAAAAAGGGAGUGACUUGCUUGCCUACAACUGAAGAAAUCAGUCUAACAAAUGGAGCAGGUUAGUCAGUCUCAACACUAAAUCCUGCUUCUUUAAUCCUAAAAGAGCAUUUGAGAAAGAAAAACACCUGAUCUGCCUCUGUAUAAUUUGGCACUUUGUGGAUCAUUUCACUUUUGUUGGAUGACUUCCCAAUGUAAAAAAAUGAACACCAUUAUACUCAUAGCUAAGGUUCUGUCCUCUAAACUUUAAAUAUUCAGUAUCUGGAGUGUGAAAGGAAAUAGGAGAUUGCCAGUAUUGGAAAGGUAAAGUGAACUCUAUAUUAAAAAUAACCCAAAUAAUGUAGCAACUCAUGGUAACACUCAAAAAAACAUAUAGAAGCGUAAGGUUCAUGACAUGUUUGUGUCUCUAGCCACACUAAAUAAAAUUUUGUUUCUAGUCCUGUAUUAAAGCCAAAUUAUUUGAUACUAAUGAUAUAACUUUCCUAUGAUUUAAUUUUUAUAAGAAAUACUUUUAUUAUCUACAUUAAAUCUUGCUCAAUCUCAUUCUUCGGAAGUAGCAUCACUUGUUUCCUGCACAUUCUGUAAUCAUUUCUAUUCUGCAAGGCAGGCUGGGUGUGGCUCAGCAGUAGAGCACAUGCCUUGCGUGUGUUGAGGCUCUGGGUUCAAUUCCUGGCAUGGCAAUAAUUGUGUGGCGGUGUGUGUGUGUAACCUGCAUGGUAAAAUACUUUUUAAAAAUAAUUCACAUCCUAAAAUGUCAUUGUACCUGAAAUAAAAUGGCAUUGCUUAAUAAUACACUGACUGAAAAAGCAAAUAGAGCUUUAGGUCCCAUUUGCUUAGUUCUAGUUAGCAUCAUCCGAUAUAAAUAAUGACGUUUAAUAAGGAAAGUAGGGACUGUGAGCUAUGGACACUGUCCUGCUUUAGAAGAAAGUUCUAGAGUAUACAAAGAUGAAACAUCUAAAUGAGCAUGUGUGUGUGUGUGUGUGUGUGUGUGUGUGUGUGUGUGUGUGUGUGUGUGUGUAGCUUGAGAAACUGCAAAAGCUGCAAAAGCUGAUUAUUGGAAGGGAAGAGAGGCAAGACACAAGGAUUUUGUCUUAGAGGCAUUUAUUUAGGUGCCCCGUCGUCUAAUAUGCCAGGCUACCGCCUCCGUCAACAGAAAACUUUUAAAAAGUGACAUUUUCUUCCAGAUCUCUCUUUUGGGUGCCUAUUUGUUUACCAAAAACAGUGUUUAAGAAACCAAAGUGUAUUUUGAAGUGGUUAUGCACAUGUGUUUUGUUAAUUUCAAAAAACCUAAUAAAAUGUACAUAAAUUCACAUAAUAUUCCAAAAUAUACAAAAUUCCGUGGCAGAAGCAUUCAACUUAAGAACAAUCUUUGACCUGGAGGUGAUUCAGCCCUAGUAAUCAGAUUGGUCUCUUAACAAAUUUUAGAGAAAUGUUUUUUCUCUCUUCUCCUUGAAACAGCUGAUAUUUGGGGGUUUUGAUUGCUUCUUCAGUAUUGUUUGAAAUCUAAGCAGGAUAUAAAAGAAUAUUUUAAGCA